CUUCUUUCUUCCCUCCACUAAUUUCAUAGUUUCUGACACACACACACACACACACGCUUUCUCUGACCAUUUCCAUUCCCCCUACCAAAUCAUCUGGAACUUGUUCCCCAUUUGAUUUCAGAGUCCAUCGAUGUUCUUCAUCCUCAACGGAAAGCCUCGAGUGAUGACAUUGCUAUUAUUUAUUAUGUCGGUAAUGAUGAUCAUGACCUCGUCGGAGGCGAGAUUCACGUGCAAUAGCCCCGCAAGAACAAACUGCAGUGCCCUAAUUGACUACAUCUCUAUCAAUUCCACAACACUUUCCGAAAUCCAAACCCUAUUCGGUGUCAAGCACUUAAGGGACCUCCUCGGUGCAAACGCCUUAUCUCAAAACACCCUCAAAACCCAGAUCGUCAACGCCAAUCAGAAAAUCCGGAUACCCUUCACAUGCUCCUGCUCCAAUGGCACCGGCGUCUCCAACGGGAGGCCAGUCUAUACGGUGGUCGCCGGAGACGGCUUGGACUCAAUCGCCAGAAAUAAAUUCGCGGGUCUCGUGACUUACCAGGAGAUUGCGGCGGCGAACAGCAUUUCCGAUCCCAACUUGAUUGAAGUUGGACAGAACUUCACCAUCCCUUUGCCCUGUAGCUGCGAUGACGUCGACGGAAAGAAGGUUGUCCAUUACGGACUCGUGGUGGAAAGUGGGAGUUCUGUCGAGGGGAUUGCUCAAAAGUACGGCGUUUCCUCCGGCGCCGAUACCCUUCUCAGACUCAAUAAACUCGCCUCUCCCAACGACCUCAAGGCCGGUGCUGUUCUUGAUGUUCCUCUUCCUGCUUGUUCUUCAAACAUUGGCAAUAACUCGAUUGACUAUCCUUUACUUGUGUCCAAUGCAACUUAUGUGUUUACUGCCAGCAAUUGUGUAAAGUGCAGCUGUGAUGCUGCAAACAACAACUGGACGUUAAAUUGUGAACCAUCUUCAUCUGAUUCUAAUCAAAUAUGCCCUUCGAGGCAAUGCUCGGACAGUUCAUUUAUUGGCAAUUCAACAACUUCAAACUGUAAUCGCCAAUCCUGUGUUUAUUCUGGUUACAAUAGCUCCGCCAUCUUCACCACCGUGCUUUCUGAACGCGCUUGUCCAGGUUCUAGUGGACACUCUUUGAAAAUGAUGACUGGUUUUCAAGAUUGGUUUUGGAAAGUCUCCGUCUUGAUUCUUUUCAUCUGUCACCUUGUCCAAUGAGAAAUUUUGUUGCUUUCUUAUUAUGAUUUUGUUUUCGUUGUACUCUAUUUUUCUGUUUGUAUCUUCUUCUUAAGAUGGAUGUGUAUUGUAUGUGUUUACUCUGCAAUAAAAUUGUAACCGUUUAAACUAA